UCGUUUGACCCGUGUUUCUGAUACGUGUUAAAAGUAAGAGAGAGAGAGAGAGAGUGUGAGAGAGAGCCGAAGCGUGUGCUCAGCAGAGGGAGGGAGAGAAGGAAGAGCCCUAAGUCAUGACGAUCGCAGCUAUGCGGCGGCUUCCAUGCCACUUUUUCCGUUCUUCUCCUCCACUAUCCUUCUUCGCCCGCUACUCCUUCUCCUCCGCCGCCUCCUCUUCCUCCUCUUCCUCGUCCGCCAAGGUCGCCGAUCGCAUCGUAAAGCUCUUCGCAAUCGACCUCGAUGGCAACAAGCGGGAGGUCCUGGGCUUGUCCGGUCAAACCCUUCUCAAAGCCCUCACCAACGUCGGCCUCAUCGAUCCUGCGUCGCAUCGGCUAGAAGAGAUCGACUCGUGUUCGGCAGAAUGCGAGGUUCACAUCGCGCAGGAGUGGCUCGAGAAGCUUCCGCCGCCGUCCUACGACGAACGCUACGUGCUCACUCGCAACUCUCGAAAUCGCGUCCUUAACAAGCAUGCAAGGCUUGGCUGUCAGGUCGUGCUUGACCACUUCCUCCAGGGCAUGGUCGUAGCGAUUCCCGAGCCCAAGCCAUGGGACACCCCGUGAUAUAAAUUGGGAAAUCCUAGGGUUUCCAUUCUGGUUUGUUCUAUCCUGUUAAUUAUCUGGAUUUGCUCGAAAUAAUAUGGAUAAUCUGGAACUGAUCAAUCUUGAUGUGCUUUUUUUUUAUUUUAUUUUUUAGUUGUGAGGAAAUUAAGAUGGAAAAAUUUCAUUUUCCCAUUUUUCUAUUGGGAUCAUUGUAUUUAUGCAAGUGGAACUUGCUUUCCUAUGGGUUUCUGUUACGAGAUCUAUGUAUCUUUUGCCUUUUCUGCCU